CGAAUAAAAACUCUUAACCCCUUACUUCUCAAAGUCAAGCAGGACCCUCAUCCAUGGUAAUUGAAUUCGGCCUGGCUAGACAAAGACCUAUCGAUUGUAACGGACCUUGUCCUGUUGGAGUUUUUUAAUUUAUUCCGCAGAAUUCUCGCCUGCGGAAUUGAUCGCUCUCCCCGCAGCUAGUUGUACCUGCCCAAGGAAUGGUCUGCAUCCAGUGCUAGGUAUGGCUGCCGAAGAGCACCGCACCAUAUGGGGUAACUUACAAAAUCGGGAGCUCCAUUCAUUUCUUCCUCUUGCCCCAAAUCAAGACCCAUGGGAGUGUAUAUAGCACGUAACAAGUCUCUGGGUUGAGCAUCUCCAUCUUAGAUCGUCUCAUCCUUAGAGAUGGGUAUGUCCUCUCGCGAAAAUCUCUUUGGGGGUUUCCUAUCUGGGCUUGUGCUCCAAACUAUACUCUUCGGUGUAAUCACUGUUCAGGCUUUCCUCUAUUACCGUAGGUUUCCUACGGACCAUAUCUCUUUGAAAUUUGCGGUCGGGUUUUUGUGGCUCGUUCAGACGUUUCAAGUGAUAACAUCAACAGUUUCGGUUCGCAUGACAUUCAUUCACCACUUCGGUGUUCAGUCUUCAACUACAGUAUGGUAUGAUACUGUUUAUCAGAUAUCUAUGGUUAUUUGUUCUACCAUCGUCCAAAUUUACUUCGUCUUUCGUCUAUAUCGAUUAGUUAGUGGAUCAAUCUGGCUACCAGCGCUACUCGCCCUCUUGAUCCCGGCACAAGUUGGAACUGGAUUUACGAUCUGGGUCAAAGCAAAUAUCACCCACGGUAUUGAAAGCUUCGUCCGACCCACACGCCACCUCAUGAUAUCUUGGCUAACAUUGGAGGCGGUGGCGGACCUCAUGAUAGCCUUUGCCAUGUCAUAUUUCCUCCACAGGCGUCGCACAGGGUUUCGACAGACGGAUACAGUGUUACGGCAAUUAAUAGUAUAUGCAAUCAACACCGGUCUGUUGACUAGUGUUCUGGCACUGGCCGUCAUGUUCGCUUUCGCAUUCUAUGGCUUCCACUUCGUACACAUGAUGUUCGUUUUGCCGCUCGGAGGCGUCUACACAGCGUCUCUUUUAGCAAAUCUGCACUCACGCUCGAGACUCCGGGCGGAACUUCAUUCCGGAAAAAACGGGAUUUCAAUACACUUGUCCCACCUUCCUCCCAAGAUACAUAAUCAGAUAAGUGCUAUGGCGUAGUGUAAGUCGGACAAAUGUACUCGGUCAACACCAGUUCGUCGCCUCAGGCGAGGAUGGAGACAGGGUAAUGAGGAACCAGGAUCUUGAAUCUUCUCUGAGCAUUUGUCCGAUCGAUCAGUGAAGGCUUGAGAUAUUUCACUUUGGUGUGAG